UUGUUACAGAGAAUCUCAAUCGCUUGUCUCUUUCUAUUCCUGUACACGCUAGUGCUCUGCAUUCAAAAUACGGAUGCGCGGCCACCUUGGCUGGCACCGGCCAGUGGUGUGUUCACAGAGACGGCUGAAUGUCAUACUGAUGACGAGCUACUUGACCUCUGUGAGAGAUGCGCCAAGCUCACGAAGUCACGCUUAGCGUACCCGGCGUGCUGUUCUACCGAUCUCCAAGCGAGGAAAUGGUGCUCGGACUACGUGUAUUUCGGCCGGGGUCAAUACGAUUUUUAUGUUUGA